AUGAAAGUUAAGGUAGUUGCCUUUGUUGGUGGGUUUAUCGGAGCUAUUGGGCUACUUCUCUUUUUGGUGGCGCUUGGGACGGAUUACUGGCUCCUAGCGACUGAGAACUGUGACGUGUAUGAACAGAGCUCUGAGACAAACCAGCCUCCAUCCAAGUACUGUGUUCAUGGCUAUCUCUUCCCUUUUCCGAUUGUAAUGGGACCUGUGUUUUCACAUGACAGUUCUGCCGUGUAUCGUGGCUUCUGGACAGCAUUCAUCAUAGUAGGUGUGGCUGCUGGUCUUGUGGGAGGAUUGUUGUUGGUUUGUGCAGUGUCAUUUGCCAGUGCCAAGUGCUACAAAGUCGGAGGUGGAUUCCUUUUGGCUUCUGGAAUUUUAUUUUCCAUCCUGAUAUUUCUAUUCGUAAUGUGGAAGGAAUUUGUUGUGGAUUUGGAAAAGUACAUACUACUAGAGAGAAGUAGCAGCUGCCAGAACAUCCAAGUCAAUGUACAGUAUGGAUGGUCCUUCAUGUUUGCGGCUGCUGGGAUCCCUCUGGCUCUACUUGCUGGAUUGUUAUUCUACCUAAUUGGCACCACCGUUGAAGCCCACAAUAAAUAA